AAAGACGAGAAUUGUUUUGGAAGCAAUAGUGGACAAUCAGGUGAACCAUCUUCGGAUGCACGAGGUAUUUUUGUGCCAGUUUAUUAUACAAUUACACAUGGGUUGUUCAAAGCAGGUUAAUUAAUCAGUCAUAAUCUUUUUAAAGUACACGAUUUUGUUUUGAUCAGUAUGUGGUUUGACAUCUUAUGUUAUGCUUGUGACUUGCAUCGUCCUGGCUGAAGCAUCCAGUCCAGGAAAAGCAUGUCAGCCACCCCUUUGUUAUAUUUUAGAUUCUAGCUAGUGUAGAAGAAGAAUCAGUUUAAUAGUCCACGAUAAUCUACGGUCCAAGACAUUUGGUGAACAUUUUAACAGUAUAAUGUCCUAUGUAUAGCGCAAGCGCAGAUGGAAUCAUCUAAACAAGAGGUAUUGCCAGAAAUUAAUGGCAUGCGCUCGCAAAAUAUAUCAGCGAUUUUACUUGAAAAUUGUUCAAGGCAUUCUCCCUGGUCAUAUGCGACACAAGCUGUGAACGGCAACGGCCGAAAACGAAAGCUCGGUCAAUACAACAAAGCCUAGGUUUGAUAUUAUCCCGUACAGUCUUCGCUCUCGGUUUGAAAGUUAUUAUUAUGUGUUUUUUCGAAAACAUAACCGCGUCUUAUUGGACAACUAAUUAAUAAACAAUUUCAUUUUACAUUAUUUUUCGCCAAGCGGGUAAAAUAUUUAAAUUUAUUCAUUAAUUAAAUAUAAUUCAUUGACCAACUGUAAGAAUGGUUAUAGCGCGGGGCAAGAAAAGAAUCGAUGCCAACAUAACAAAAAGCUUGGGCCUCUUUGUGUUUUGCACGUGGAUUUUCCCAUCACUUUACCACCACUUUCAGUUUACCCUUCAAGGAAACUCCGUGUUAGUUAUCUGUUUAAACACUGUAGAUUUGGGUGUACUUUUGGUGGCUUGGUGGAUAACAGAGGAUUAUUAUGGUGAUUGUCUUGUCUUUUCCACUUUGUAGACAGACCACAAUCCUGGAAAUGGCAAGAGAGUUCAAAAGUUCAUCGACAAAAAUUCAUUCAAUUGAUCGAAUACGGACGAGAGCAUCCAGAAGAUAUCAAGGAAAUCAACGGAGUGCGCGUUUGUUUCGAGAAAAAGUUUUGCAUUGGUAGUGGUAGUGAUGGUACUCGCGUUUAUGUAGGAUUAGGAAACGACGGAGUUGAGAGGGCCGUGAAACGUAUGCGUAAAGACGCUUGCGCUUGGUCAGCUGAACACGAAAAGCAAGUUUUGAGCAAACACAAAGCAAGCGAAUCAACCUAUGUGGUAAAUUACUGGUUUUUAGACGAAAAAAGCGACAAGGAGGACUUAUUUCUAAUAUUAGAUUUGUGCGAGGAAACGUUGAAAGAUUUUGUUCAUCGUAGCAGUUUGCAGGAUUUGGUAGCAAUCGCGCCAGAUAUCAUUAAGCACGUUUUGCAAGGAUUGGCUGAUCUCCAUCGCGGUUCGAUGCCUAUUUUGCAUCGUGAUUUAAAACCAUCCAAUAUCUUGCGAAACGUCCAAGGUAAUUGGUUGCUGGCAGACUUUGGUAACAGUCGAAUCAGCAAACGAGAUGCCAGUACUGUUCUAACUUAUCAGAAGGGAACUAAAGAUUGGAUAGCUGUUGAAACAUAUCCUAAAGAGGGAAUAUCUGAUGAUGGCAAAGUACUUUACAGGAAAGAAUCCGAUAUUCAGGUAAAAUUUUCUUGAUGAUAAACAUGCAUAGUAAAAAGCGCACAAUUAUAAAAAAUUAUUUGAUGAGGUUUUCCUGAUAUCCAUAUGUAUAGGUUGAGGUAAUUAGUGCAAUUAAAGCCGUAUUAUAUUUCCAAGGACAAUUCCGUAAGGGCACAUUUAUAAGAGUACAUAAACCGAUUUUAAGUUUCACUGCAUGAAUGUUAAUGAUGCGGAAUAUUAGGCAGAUUUUGAAAACACGACGCGACGUCAAAAAUGACGUGAGAAUGAUAUAAUACACCUGAGUCUGGAUGUGUAUCUUUCUUGACGCAAAUUUUUUGUUUUCUUGCCGCCCAUUCUUUCUUUUAUUUCUUCAAUCCUUUGUCAAGAUAUGUGCGAGAAAAAGCUUUAUAAUACUAGCUCUAUAAAAUUACAAGUAUAAAUUUAAAACAAGUAUAAAGCUGUGACGUUGUAGAAGGAAUGUGGAAAUCUAAAAUGGACAUGAACGACGUUCUGAACACCUAAACAGGACGGGAAGUCGGUUCUCUCUACGUCAUUUUCACGUUGUUUUUGACAUCGCGUCAUAGUUUCUAAAUUUCUCUAUUAGUGAAUUUUUCAGGUUUGCCACGUAUUUUUCAAAAAUCAUUAAAAAUCCCCUAAAUCUGCCGAAGAAUUCGCGGUGUGUAAACGUACCCUAAACUGCUCCAAAUUGCUUUUGUCAUACUUAUAGGUGGCUGGAAUGGUGGCAUUCUAUAUCAUGACAAAUGGUGAACAUCCCUUUGGAGCAGAAGCUGACCGACUUCGCAACUUACUGGAUGACAAUGCAGUGAAUUUGGAUAUGGUAGAUGAUUCUUCCGCGAAAGAUUUGAUUUCCUGGAUGCUGAGACACGAUUCCAAAGCUAGACCGUCUGCUGAAGAAGCGCUAAAACACCCUUACCUUCAACCGCAGGAGCAGCAAUUUCAAAUGCUGUGUAAAAUUGGAAACCAACCUGAGGUUAAAAAAUUGGAUAGCAACUGCGAUGUUGUGCACAAGUUGAACAAUAAUCGGAAGAAUUGGAAAACUUUGAUGAGAGCCGAUGUUCUAAAGUAUUUAUGCACCGAUAUUGUAAAUGGAAAACCAAGAACAUAUUCUUAUAACUCGUCAUGGACAGAGUGUUUAAGACUUAUUCGAAAUGUUAACGAACACUGGCAUGACCGACCACGUUGGAAGCCACAACCCGAAGCAUUCUAUAUUGUGGGCGAUCCCCAGGAGUACUUCCUUAACCUAUUCCCUAAUCUUCCAGUUGAAGUACACAGAAUUGUUAGAACAUGUGAUUGGAGAGAAAGAAAUGAGCUUAGAAAAUUCUUUGGUAAAGGUAUGUUUUUUAUACUUGUGAAACAGUGUGCAUGGCGAUGAUCUGUCACGUUAUUAAUGAGAGCGUUGAAUGUCGUCCCAGAUGGGGUAUAAAUAAAUGGUAGUGUUCUUCACAGGAAGAAAACGUAACACCAACUGUUCACU